CAAUUUACUCUGACUGUGAAGUAAUACUUGUACAUAUCAUACAAUACAGUGUUUAGGGAUGAGGUCAGUGGGAAAGAAGCUUAGACUUCGAAACAAAUCCUUAGCAGCGAAUUCCUUGGAAGAUUAUUGUGUGAGCGCGAUGCUCUUCCUGGCUUCCACCUCUCGUUCAAAGGGAAGGAACUUCAAAAGCAGGCACCAACAAUAUUCCUCAACCACCCUAGCGACACAAGCGUCACAAAAGGUUCUGCUUCACGAUGGGUUCUGAAAUUUGUGUUCACUGUUUUUGUUAACUCCUCCUGAGUAUUAGUGCUUUCAAGCCAUCCCCCAAGAGCAAAAUCAACCAGAUGUCGUACCAUCUCUCCAACUAUAAUAUGUGACAUCGAAUUCGAACGCCGAAUAAGUCGGGGCGACUCGUAUUUGGCGAAUCGAAAACACUUUCCUCGACUUGUUGACAGUGAGUUCUGUCGUUGUUUGCGGUAGACUAACUGUAAGUCGGCUUUGUUGAUUUGGUAUUUGACGAUGACACAACAUCAAAAGGAACGGGGACCGCUCCAUUCUACUCGCUUAGGACGCGUCCAACCACCGGCUAGAGUACCUCCACGAGACUUUUCCCUUGUUGUCAUCGACACGUGGUUACUUUGUAGAGCGAACGGAGCGUCAACGGACGCAACGACUAAGCGCAACAACACCACGUCGUCGCUGUCAUCCCGGGCCUCCGCGGUUGACCCUAACGCUACUACUGCCGACCCAUACAAAGUCUAUCUUUGUGUCGCGUCCUGUUGGAGUGCCAUAACGUGUACGGGAAGUGGUCUCGAUCAAGUGUGUGUCACCAACAGUCAUCCCUACACAUCUCCGCCUCCACCGUGCACCGACAGGAUGAGCGGUGACAUUCCUGGGCCAAUUUCCCACGGCAGUUCCGCUGACGGUACCAGCAGUACGUCACACUUUUCAUCCCCGCACAAGGCGCAACAAAUGGCACAAAAUUUCGCCCAAUCCGCCUCCAAAACACUGCAAUCGUGGACGACACGAAAGUACACUCUACCGGAUAAGAAUGUUGCCUCGCAAGUGCUCAUGUACCGGCAAUUGCUCCACACUCAAUGCCGCGUCGGCCUUAAGCUUUCCCGUCCCUACCAAGGCACCCCCGCACAAGUCGCCGUUAAGGAUAUGCCCUGGUGGAAUCCGGGGAUGUUGGAAAGCCUGCAAAUGAUCAUUAGCUACGACAAUCUCGUUCAACGACUGUGGCUCGGUGGUGCCAUUGAACCCUUUGCUGUACGCGACGGCCGUGGGAUAGACAGCGACGUCGAAACAUACUUAGACGAGGCCGGUAUGCCCCCAAUUCCUCAUGACUUUUGGGUUCACCGCGUAGGCUUUCAACAGCCGGAUCCCGUGACGGACUUUCGAUCUGGCGGAAUUCUCUCCUUGGCUCUCAUGGUGCACAUUGUGGAGUCGUGUCCGCACAUUCACCAGCGCUUUACCCAUGGCGACGCUUCGGUCCUACCUUUUGGUAUCACCAGCAUCAACGUCACGGAUAUGAUGGCGGGAUUUCUCAUGUUGGCCAAAAAGGUAGACCGCAUGGAUGCUUUGCUGUCGCAAAAACCGUUUUGGCGCAUGUUUGCCGAUCCACACUCCUUGCUCGCCUGUCAAGAAUUGGCGCUCGACAUUCUGGCCGACGUUGUGGUGGAACUGCAGAAAACCCGAGAAGCGACGGAAACGUCGGAACGAGUCAAAGUUACCGUCUUUGAUUUUGCCUGGAUUCUGGAACAAACUACGCACCGUGUGGAACACGAUCUGCUGGGUGCCGGUCCCAAAAGCGUACCCGAAUUGCGGGCCAUCUAUGGCCGACUCAAGGCAUCCUACCAGGUCGCGUUGCAAGCCAAGAUUGAUCCGGAUGCAGCCACGAGAAGUCCAGUGAAUGCAACGGCGACCAAUGCGCGUCGCGCCUUUUCACCCCAGGUCACAUCCUCCUUGGCCGGUGCGGCCCAGUUGGCUGGUGGUGUCUGGAACCGGUUCAAAAGCAACCCCGCAGAGGUAUCAUCAACGAAUACCACUCCCGUGACCCAGCCUACCGCUGUGGCCAUUCCGCCGACGGCUUCCGGAACGCCACGGAAUCAAGUUUCCAGCAGUCUUUCUACAGGGCCGACUGACGGAUCCGCUCCGGAAGUCGAUUCGACCGAACCGGAUGACUCGGAUUGGGUUGGAACCGACAUUCGGUCCGUCACGGAUGGAGUGGAAAAUUUUAGUAUAACCGAUGAUGACGAAGAAGAUAACGACAUGCUAUAG